UCGUCUGCCUGACUCUCUUCGGGGAGGGUGGGACUAAUCCGACAGUCACAGACGCCCCCGGCUGCCCCACCGCAAAUCCGCAUCAGCAUCGCCCCGGUUUUCCGCUCUGACUUUUCUUCGGCAUAGACCGGUGUGUAAUGGAAUCAGAUGGGAAAGCCUUGAGAAAGAAAUUUGAAGAAAAGACUAGAAAUGGCGAGUAAUCAUAAACCUCCUACAGCACGUCCUUCUUCACGAAUAGGCCUGAGUGCCAGGCCACCUUCAUCCUCAUUACGACCUCCAUCCGCAGCAUUACUUGGUGGAGGGAUGCCCCCAGGUACAUCCAGGCCCGGUACACGUGGUGGAUCCAUAGGAACUGGUGUGGUUUUGUCCUCUCAGAUUAAAGUUGCAGACCGUCCAGUGACACAGCAAGGACUGAGUGGAAUGAAAACAGGAAUGAAAGGUCCACAGAGACAAAUUAUGGAUAAAUCCUAUUACCUUGGAGUGCUUAGAGGCAAAAUAAACGAGCUUACCGCAGAAAUCAAUAAGCUUCAGAAAGAAGUUGAUAUGUAUAACCAGGAGAAUUCUGUCUAUCUGUCCUAUGAAAAAAGAGCAGAAUCUUUAGCUAGUGAAAUCAAAGAAUUUCAAGGACAGUUGGCAGACUACAAUAUGUUGGUAGAUAAACUUAACACAAAUACUGAUAUGGAGGAAGUAAUGAGUGACUAUAAUCUGUUAAAAGCUCAAAAUGACCGUGAAGCUCAGAGCAUAGACAUUAUUUUUACAGAAAGACAGAGCAAAGAAAAACUAAUUCAAGCUGUGGAAGAUGACAUCCGGCAGGAAAAACAAGCGGCAGAAAAUAUAAUAAAAAAUAUGUCGGAAGAAGAUCAAACCAAGUACAUAGAAAUGAAAAUGGCAAAUGAAAAGCUCUUGCAGGAAUUGUCUUCUUUACAACAAGAAAUGGAUGCUGUGAAUAUGAAAGAACAAGCUCUGGAAGCAGAAAUUACCCACUCUCAAAUUAAACAAGAGGCCUUACAGCUGUAUGAAAAGCUCCAUGGUCUUGAGGAACAUCGAGAUCAAAUGAUUGCAGAGGACAAGAACAUGGGAUCUCCGCAGGAGGAAAGAGAAAGACUAUUAAAACAGGUGAAGGAAGACAAUCAAGAAAUAGCAAGCAUGGAGAGGCAGCUAACAGAGAUAAAAGAAAAGAUCAACCAUCUCAAUGAAGGAAUCCGGCAGCUUGACAUGGAUUUAGAGGAACACCAAGGUGAAAAAAAUCUGAAAUAUAAAGAAUUGAAGAAGAGAGAGGAAAGCAUGGAUAACUUUCUCGAAUCUUUUGAAGAGACAAAGAACCAGGAACUGGAACGGAAAUCAGAGAUAGAGGCCAAUAUUGUGGCACUUUUAGAGCAUUCAAGUCGGAAUGUAAGUCGUAUGAAGCAGAUAUCUUCUGUAACAAAUCAAGAAUUGAAGAUCAUGCAGGAAGAUCUCACUUUCAAAUCAAGUGAAAUGCAAAAAUCACAGAGUACAGCUAAAAAUCUGGGUACAGAUAGUCAGAGACUCCAAAUGGACCUCCAGAAGAUGGGAUUAUUGGAGGGAAAGAUGGUUGAUGAACUAAGUUCACUCAAAGAAAAAAUUGAACAGAUGACCAAGGACCUGGAAGUAUAUAACAAUCUGCCUGCUCUGAAAACAGCAGGAGAAGAAAAGAAAAAGAAACUGCAAGAAGAGAAAGAAAGAUUGACCAAACAUCGGGAUGCAUUCAAGAAAAUUAUGGAACAUUUGAAUAGAGAAUAUGAAGGCCUAAAGUUGCAGCUCCAGGAGAAUGAAACACAUGCACAGCUUACAAAUCUGGAACGGAAGUGGCAACACCAUGAACAAAAUAAUUUUGUUAUGAAAGAAUUUAUAGCUACAAAAAGCCAAGAAAGUGACUACCGGCCCAUAAUGAACGAUGUCAUGAAGGAAGUUGAAGAAUAUAACAAAACUAUAAUAGAAGCUUUACAGAGCAGCAAGAAUUGAUCCUAGAUCUGCCUAUCCUGGAUGGACCAAAUUAAGGAUUUACAUACAGUUAUUUUGAAGAAUGUUGACAUUUGAAGGCUCUCCAGUUCACGUUAGUAUAACCUGUGUGCCUUUUUUUCCCGUAUUCUAGGGAGUAUGAUAGACCCAUGCCAGGGACAUUUGUUUGUUUUCCUUUGAAUUAAUUCUGUAUUGUAAAACAAUUGUUCAAUUAAUAUUCUUUAAUUUAUAUUUGUUUUGCUUUGUUAAAUAAGCAAUAUAGUUUGAUUUACAUCAUUUUACAAAACAGUGUGAUGGUAAGUACACUGUAGUGCUUAAGUUUCUUCUUAAAGUUGUAACUGCAAAAGCAGAAAAUGUUAUUAUUCUAUAUUUCUAUUUAUCUUGAUAUAUCAGAAUUGUUCUACAUUGAAUUGUGUUUAAGAAGCAUAAGGAUAUUAAAAUAAAGAAAUUUAAAAAGUGA